CAAGAGUUCCUACCUGAACACGGGAAACAAGAGUUCCUACUGGAACACAGGAAACGCUGAUGAUGUUUGUUCAGAUGCUCGUUUGUCUGAUCAGUUUGAUUUUAAUUAGUUAAUUGAUGAUAUAAAAAGGGGGUGUGGCGUCAUGAUUGACAGCUGCUCUCAGAUGAGCCGAGUGACCGCAGCAGUUUCUGAUAGAAGACGCUGAUGAAGGUUUUCAUGUGUGAUUCACUCCCAGCUGUAGCUGCUGGUUACCAGCUGGUUUUGGCUGGUUUUCCUCCAUCGCAGACGGAGCAGGUUUAACACACGACCCCCCCUUCAUUGUUUUAAUGAAUGUCAGAAGUACCCGACCCGUGAGGAUAUCAGUGAUAUUCUCAAUCACAGCGUACGUGCGGCGGAGGCUGUGCGUCAGCGGGAUGUGGGCCUCGAGGCCGCGGUUAAGCUCAGGAAGCUGUUUGGGCCACUUCCUGUCCUCAGCGUGAUGUGUUGAAGUUCGAUCUGUAGGUUCAGUGUGGGGAUGACUACAGCUGUGCUGACCUGCACUUCUGCUGCAGCUGUUCAUGAUGACCGGCUGCUAACAAGCUGCAUUUUCACAUUUAUAUUGUACAGAGAACAAAUGUGAGUUGUGUACAGAUCGGGGCUGACUUUCCCAAACAUGUCACAGCGUGACGCUCGUCUCCACAUGAUGAGAUCUUUAUAAUGAGUUCUCUCUCUGACGUCCACAUAUCUGCAACAUGUUGGGGAAAGUCAGCCCUUUUAUUAUCUGACUUCUGUUAUUUGAUAUUUCUAUACUGGUGAUGUGUUGUUUCAAUGCACCUGAGGGGCACUUCAAUGAUGAGGACGUGUUCAUAAUGAUGCAUAUAAAUAUUAACUGAUUAAUUGCUGACUCACUGUGGGACCUUUGCUACAGCUACACAAGAGAAGUGAAGUCUGGCAGUCAGCUGGUUCCCAGUAGAGGUUAUUGAUCCUCUGCCGAUCAUCAUCAUCAGUCUGUGAUUUACCGUCGACCCGCUGCAGGCUGGUUACCAUGGUAACCCGGGCUCCCGCCGCUGGCCGCGCGCCGCAGUGAGCAACAGAGACACGGAGGAGACGGAGCCUGACGGUACUCAAGUACAACACGGAGGUGACGGCCUCAGGUUGAGUUAAGCUCCGCCCACCGCCGUCCCUGCUUCCUGCUUCAGGUGAAGACACAGCCAAUAGGAUGAGCCAGCCAAAGGAGGCGGAGCCAAGCAGAGAGAUGGAAGGCAAGGUGUGUGUGCAGGUGCAGACGUGGGCUCAGUCUCUGGUUUACACUCUGGAGGAGCUCGAGUGUAAAAUCUGCUACAACCGUUACGACACUCGCAGCCGGAAACCCAAACUGCUGCGCUGCCUGCACCGAGUCUGCGCCAAGUGUCUGAAGAAGAUGGUCGACAUGGGCGAGUCUUCGCCCUCCGUCAUCAGCUGUCCCUUCUGUCGCCACGAGACUCAAGUGCCCGACGAAGAGGUGUGGCUGAUGGAGGACGACAGACACAUCCUGGCUGUCCUGUCAUGUCAGGACCGCGCCCGGCGAGGAGGAGGAGGAGUCAUCGGAGGAGGAGGAGGAGUCAUCGGAGGAGGAGGUGAGGGGGAGGUGGUGCUGAGCCCCAACAGUCUGACAGGAGUCGAAUCGUCUCAUCGCUCCUCCGACUGUCUGGUCAUCACCAUCAUGGAGCUCCCGGAGGAGUCUCGGUCCUCGGACUCUCUGAGCAUGCUCAACAUGGUGGGCCUGUACCGCCCCCCCAGCCUGGACUCGCUGCCCUGCAACCUGCCGGCUCACAAGUGUCGCGCCUGGACGUCUCGCAGCUUCCCGCGCUGCCUGCUGGGGGCGCUGUGCCUGGUGUACUUCAGCUCUCUGCCGCUGGGGAUCUACCUGCUGAUGAUUGGUCAGCUGUGGCUGGGCGUGGUCCUGGUCAGUCUGGUUCCCUCCACGCUGCUGCUGCUCGUCCUCUACGGCUUCUGUCAGUGUCUCUGCCACGAGCUGAUGGAGGUGCUCGCCGCCCGCCGGCACCCGCUGCCAUGAAGGCGACAACCCGCGCUGCCGUGAUGACGACGACGACACAACACACGCUACCAUGACAACAACGAUACUCGCUGCCAUGACAACAAUGACACGCUGCCAUGACAACAACACAACACUUGCUGCUAUGACGCUGCCAUGACGACUGCUGUCAUAAAGACAAAAACAACACAACAGCACCGCUGCAAUAACAAGACCUGUAGACUCGACUCGGCGGCUCAGAGACUCGAUCGACUCGAGACUGAGGAGACUCGCCGCCGCCGCCGAUACUGAAAAACGUUCUGACAAACUUUAAUAACAUAAAGAGAAACAACAGAAAACUAACUUCAGUUUGUUUUUGCUGGACCAACAGACUCACAAACUGCUGCAGAACAACAACAGAACCACAGUGGAACCAGAGGAACAACAGCGGAACAGCAACACAACCACAACUAACCAGAAUAAAAGCAGAGCUCAUUCAGCACUCUGACCCCGCCCCCUCUGAAUACCAGCAUUCUCUCUCUGUGAAGCUGCAGCCAAUCACACCACGACCAGGAGAUGACAUCAUCACGUGUUUAUUUCCGUGUGGCCUCCUGCUUGAUGAACAGAAAACAAAGUGCUGCUGAUUGGACAGCUGCUAGCCAAUCAGAGAGGACUUGUUACUGACUGACAGACACAUCCAGAUAUACUCGUCAUCCAUGUUGGAAUAAAUACGCUAACUGUGUCAUGUGAGUUUAUAAUCUUACCUCGUUCUCUGGUCACAUGAUUCAGUUUCCCACUGUUUCCAGUUGUAAUGCUAAGCUAGGCUAACAGUUUCCCACUGUUUCCAGCCACUAUGCUAAGCUAGGCUAACAGUUUCCCACUGU